AUGGAGCUGAAACAUGAGAGGGAAAUAAAAAGGCAAACUGAAGUUCAGAUUAAAGCAAAAGACUUGGAAAUAGCUAUGCUGACCCAAGAGAGGGUGAAGAAGAUCAAACGAGAUUGGUGGUUAUGGGGUACCAUUGCUACUACCCUGACCAUUGGUGCAGCAUGCUUGGCAUACUCAAAUCCAUCUGGAAGUGAAAAAGAGGAUAUCUCAGUGUUCAAGCCUGUGGACGAGGAGAUAGGAGCGGUGAACAAUCCCCGAAGAGGAAGAGGUGGCAGUGUCAAGGUUGUUGUAGUUGGUGAGGGUGUAGUGAGAGAAGUGGCUUCAUAUCUACUGGAUUACCCCCAAAGCGGUUACCGAAGGAGCUACACCGAUGAGAUUGGAUUCUCCGGAGUUCCGCCAACCAUUAUGGUGGAAUGUCUUCAUGAGAAUUUCAAUGGUAAAGAGAAGAGAAAAAGAGGGUCUCUCCAGAAGUAUAUGGUGAGUAAAGGAGAUUGUGAGGGCUAUGGCAAUAAUAAGUUCUCAGAGUUGUCCGAGCACGAAGUUCACAAAAUUUCGGUGCUUGACAUUCGUCUAACCAAUGCUGACAGACAUUUGGGAAACCUGCUCCUCUCCACAGAAGAAGAUCAAUUGAUUCCCAUUGAUCAUGGAUGUUGCAUACCGGAGAAUUUUGAGAGAUGCAGGUUUAACUGGAUUGGUUGGAGUCAAUGCAAGAAGGCUUACUCUCAAGAGACAUUGAACUAUAUCAGGAAGAUCAACCCUGAUGAAGACAUCAAAUAUCUUCAAGCUCAUGGAUUGAUUCUCUCCGAUGAAUCUCAACAGACUCUCCGCAUUUCAUCGAUGAUUCUCAAGCAAGGAGCACAGUAUUCUGAUGAUAGUGAAACGGAGGAUACCUCAGUGUUCAAGCCUAUGGACGAGGAGAUAGGAGCGGUGAACAAUCUCUGA